AACAUUUAUAAGUCUGUAUGUUUUUUAUUUUACUUAGUUUUGAACCCAGUUCAGUCCAGAAGAAGAGCUCAAACCCAGAGUCCAGCUGUGUGUCUGUGAAGAGUGACUGGUCUAUGGAGAAACCACAAGUGUUUAAGAGUGGAGAAACACAGUCUGAUCUCAGCCAUGACUCUAAAGCUGCUGAAGUCCUCAACACACUGAGAUCAAAUCUGAGACAGAAGUUUGAGUGUGUGUGUGAGGGAAUAUCAAAGCAGGGAAAGCCAACACUCCUGAAUGAGAUCUACACAGAGCUCUACAUCACAGAGAGUGGAAGUGGAGAGAUCAAUAAUGAGCAUGAGGUGAGACAGAUUGAGACACAGUCCAGGAGAGCAGAAACAGAGGACACACCGAUCAAAUGCAGUGACAUCUUUAGACCUUUACCUGGACAAGACAAACCCAUCAGAACUGUGCUGACAAAGGGAGUCGCUGGCAUUGGAAAAACAGUCUCUGUGCAGAAGCUCAUCCUGGACUGGGCUGAAGGGAAAGAGAAUCAGGACGUCCAGCUCAUAUUUCCACUGGCUUUCAGAGAGCUCAACUUGAUGAAGGACAAAACACUCAGUCUUUCAGAUCUUCUUCAUCGCUUCUUCCUGAAACCAGAGAAAUGGCCAUAUCAGUGA